GGUAAUUAAUGAUCGUUGAUAGGUUAAUCUGCUUUAACUGAACAAAGGCUAACAGUUAACGAAUCUGAUCAGGGCUUAACCUGUGGUACAGUGCUAUACAAAUAAACUGCAGCUGCAACGCGGGUCGGAUUACAGGGUCUACAAUGUUCUGGUCCAGUUUUUGACAGGGGAGUCGAUCCUUCUAUUUGAAUAAACUAACCGAUUAUUAUUAUUAUUAUUAUUAUUAUUAUUAUUAUUAUUAUUUUUAUUAUUAUUAGCGGCAGACAUUACAAACCUUUUUAUUGUUCUUCAUUCUGAUGCGGUUUUGUCUGCGCCCGUUAGUUACCGAUUCUAAUGUAUAUGGCUUUGCUUUAAAGAAACACAGCAAGCCAACGCACGCUUGCUUUGACAACGCAGUACAGUACAGCGAUUUACCAUCUCCAUAUACAGCACUAAUAACUGCACUGAUCCACCAUUGAACAACAUAUAAAUACAACUUAGAAAUCUGGGUCAUGGAUUGCAUUAACUGUGGUUCAUCUUUAUUUAUUUUUUUCUACAGCAGCAUUGCAAAGUGGGGCUGUGUUUGUAUUUUAUUGAUCGGUUGGGUCUAAUGAUAGCAUUUUAAGUAGAUGGUUACUACCCGAGAGAGAAUGGUGUUCUGGGGCUUGAGAGUAAUUGAAUGCUCAGCGAGUCCCCUGUCCUCCUGCUGAUCUGUGACCCCGAGUCGUGGGCACUCUGUUAUUAACACUGAGGCCGAGCCGAACCCGGCAGAGUGGAUCGGACCCUUGUGACAUCAGCAGGGAUGGAACUCUGAGCCAAGCCACUGCGCCGGCGCUUCAGUGAAAGAGUUGCGGUUGCAACGCUGUUCAGACACUGGCUUUAAUUGAAGUGAGGGAUCGUGAAAGCGGAAACAAAACGCAGUCACCUGCCUCAAUUAACACUGUAGCGGAGCUCAAUCCAGCCCAUUUGCUCGCAUUGCACUGGAGGAAAUGUUAAACCGCGCAGCCUCAAUUACUGGACAGCUACGUAUAUAAUUGGACUCUGCAAAGUGAAUGCUUCUUGAAGAAGAUUCGUGUACCAAUGCAUGCGUUGUGCUCAAACCAUAACGGAUUGUGCGUUUAUAAAAACCGCUCAUGAAUACACGUAGGUAUCGGAUUACAACAACACUACAAGAACAGCGAACAUUGCUUGCAAAUCCGCUUCUCUCGUCACUUUUGGCGAUAAACACAAUUGCACCAGGCUGCUUUUGAUUUUAUCAUUCAUUCACCAAUGUAUGCAGUCUGCAAAGAGGAAAGGCAAGGCAGUUCUCAAAUUGUUUAGCAGGUUCGAUGGAAAUUGACUCUGACUGAGCAACCAUUCAAAGCAUAUCGCAGCAUUCUGCAUUCAUUUAACGAAGAAAACGCAUUGGAGGGAUUGUUUUUGUUCGUGUGCAUUGUUAACCUCCGCUACAGCUAAAGCAAAGGCUGCCUGUUGCAAUUGUUCGUUUUUGUGUCCGUUUGAUGUCUUCUUUUAAAACUCAUUCACAUUAAGCUCGAUCGACCCUCCAUUCACCACUGGCUCUUGCCACAGCGCAUUACCCGCUUUUCAGCUGCGCGCAGUAUGCCAGAAUGGUUCGCUGCUGCCUGCAUUCUGAUCCUAGUCGUCUUGCUCUGGUCGGUGAAGCGGUGCUUUGGAUUCAGAACGCCGACUCUGGCGCUGCUUAGCGGGUUUGGAUUCCGCGCCGCUAGCCGCCAGAUGAGCGACCCCGACAGACGCGGUUCGCAACCUGCCUCAGCUGCAGGAGCAGGGGAGCCGGUGUCGCUGAUCUGCAAGCCAUCGACUCUGGCAAACUACCUCCUCAGGCACUGCGCCACCUUUAGCAAUUUUACAACAGGGCUGACUUGGAGCUGGAGAAGGAACCCGUUCCUGCAGACCGUUUUCAAUGCGUGCUGGCCCGUGGAGAGAAGAGUCCAUUUCAUUCGGGAUUACCUCCAGAUGAGCGACGACGGGCUGGUUGCGCUGGACUGGGCUGUAGCAGCAUCAGCGUUUCAUAAAAGGAGACGCGCGUCCAGUAACUCCACUAAUCCCGUUCUGCUUAUCAUUCCCAAUUCAUUUGGGAAAAUCACCAGGAAUGUCCUCAAGCUGUGUGAGGCUGCUCUGAAUCACGGCUACCUCCCUGUGGUGUUUAACCGGCGCAGUCACAAUGGCAGUCCUCUCAGCACAGCGAAGCUGCAGCAGUUUGGGGACCCGGCGGACCUGCGGGAGGCCGUGCGUUACAUCCGGUACCGGCAGCCGUCGGGACGCCUGUACGCGGUGAGCGAGAGCACCGGCUCGGGCCUGCUGCUCUCCUACCUGGGAGAAUGCGGCUCCUCCAGCUACGUGACUGCCGCCGCCUGCCUGUCGCCCAUCUUCCGCUGCCAGGACUGGUUCGAGACGGGCGCCCCCUGGCCGUACCGCUGGGCUCUGCUGCUCUACCAGAAGAUCUGCCUCAGCAGGUACAAGACUGCGCUUGGCGAGACCCUGCACACAGACACGCUAUUCUCUAGCUCCUCUCUGCAGGGGCUGGAGGAGGCCUUGUUCUGCCAGGGUGGCCAGAAGGGGGCAGUGGUGAGCGGCGGCAGCUGGGAUUCUUACUGGGAGCGGAACGACCCCCUGCGGGACGUGGAUGAGGUGGCGAUCCCGGUGCUGUGCCUGUGCAGUCAGGACGACCCGGUCCGGGGCGACCCCCGCACCACCCUGCCCUUCGAACUCUUCGAGUCAAACCCGCACUUCUUCCUGCUGCUCACCGGGCAGGGCGGGCACUGCGGCUUUGCCACGGUGGGCAAUCGAGCCGGCGGCGCAGACGGCGCCCCCUUGUGGAGCCACCAGGCGCUGCUGGAGUUCUUCCAGGCCACCUCUGAGUUUUUCGCGGCCGAGGAACGGACCAAACUGGCAGCCCGCCGCCGGGGGUUAGGGGGCGGCACGAACAUCAAAGCCUUCCGGGGCCGUCGAGUCAGCAUCUGCAAGAGAGAGCCGGUCUGCUCACACAACAUCCCCGACAUCUAUAACUGGCAGAGGUCCUACACCAGGUGACAGCUGCUUGCCAGUGGGACGCUCGGAGGGACAGUGGAGGAAAGCACAGUGCAGGGUAUGGCACGGACAUUGCAGAACAGGGGGGUGGGGUAGGGGAUUAGGGCAGGAGGGUGAAUCCUUGGACCGGGGCACACUAGUCCACGCCCCUCAUCAUGAGAUUGGGAUGCAAGUGGCUUUGUAGCAGAGCAGUCUGCCCGAAGCUGUUUGUACUGUAAACUGCAGUGACGUGCUGCAGAAAAUGAAUCGCCUCUAUUUUCUGAAUUACACGAUUGAACUUUUUCUUUGAGGUUAUGGUCCUGUUAGUCAGUUUUAAAUUGGUUUAGAAUGAAAGCGGCUGAACAGCUGUAACUCUAAAAUAUCAAUUUCGGUUCCCGUUCCUAACGAAGGAAUCGGAAUUGAUUUUAAAAUGGACUCGACCUGACCCUGCUCUUCACAGGACUGCAGCGUGUUUGGAAACGGGGCCCUGAUGAUUUUGUGUUUGAGUGCUUGCAAAGCGAAAGUCAAAUCUGAGGGCUGUGCAACCUAAAAGUAAAUGCUGAGAUAACUGCAGAGCACAGCGAGUGUGGAAGGAGGUUUGCACUUGCCUCAUGCUGAGGAGAUGUGUGUUUUGGUGAGCUGUCAGAGGCCGCUUAGUGGGUCAGCCUGUAUUAAACGUACCUGUUUUUGUGAAUAUGUUUUUUGCACCUUUGUGCAGUCACAAUGUUUUCUUUUGUCUAUCUAAAUAAAAUAAAUAUAAUUAUGUAGAAUGCAUUUUGGAGUGAUAAAUUACCCCACCCCAGUGUGCGCACGCACACACACACACACACACAGAAUCUUACCAUGUCCUGUUUAACUUUCUGUACAGACUCACGGUCCAGUUCAUUAAUUCAAUACAGCAAUAUUAAACAUUAUUCAGUCUAAAUUAAAUAGAUUUGGCCACACAGGCGCAUUAUUCCUGGCUGUGAUGCUGAUCGGGUCCAAAGUGGUCUUCAAGUAUCCCCACCGGUCCAGGGUUUUGCUGAAACCAGUUUAUAACUGUUGUCCAUUUGAAUUGCAGUCUGACAAUGAGAAUAGAUUCUAGAGCCCUCGCUGCAACUACACUGUAGCCAUAGAUUCUAGAGCCUUCAUUGUAGCUAUAGAUUCUAGAGCCCUCACUGUAACUACACUGUAGCUAUAGAUUCUAGAGCCUUCAUUGUAACUAUAGAUUCUAGAGCCCUCAUUGUAGCUACACUGUAGCUAUAGAUUCUAGAGCCUUCAUUGUAGCUAUAGAUUCUAGAGCCCUCAUUGUAGCUACACUGUAGCUAUAGAUUCUAGAGCCUUCAUUGUAGCUAUAGAUUCUAGAGCCUUCAUUGUAGCUAUAGAUUCUAGAGCCCUCACUGUAGCUAUAGAUUCUAGAGCCCUCACUGUAACUACACUGUAGCUUAAAGUCUCAGAGCCUGCCUGUAAGUUUCAGUUUGAUGUGCGCUAGGAAACAAUGCAUGUUUAAAACAGAUAUUUAGUUAGUGAUAGCAGAGCUCAUAGAUGCGCGUCUUGGUCGCUGCUGGCUCUGUCUGCAGGUGCACAGGAAAGCAAAGCGGAUGUGCUAAUUUAGGUCUGGCGUGCAGCACGCGCGUUCUGAAACGAGCCGAGCAGGUUGCAAAAAUCUCCCUGCAAACCAGGCUGUGGAAGUUCCCAUGCCCGCAGCGAGGAGGUGGCGGUAUAUAACUUGCUUUUUUAAAAUGUCUGGGUCACUCCUAGUUGAAGUGAAGCAGAGGGAGGGCGUCAAAGUAUUCUUUCGCAGUAAAGGUAAUUAUUAAGAAAUGAAUACCUGGUAAUCAAAUACACAGUACGUUUUUUUUAAACCCUCUUAAUAUGCAAGCCAAUCUGUUGGUCUUUCGGUUUGAAUCGUUGCAUCGCGGUGAAAGAGCUGGUACAACCUUUGGAUAUUUUCAGGAGGGAUUUGAUGAAUGAUUCAUGACUGGGCUCGGGUUGCACAGGUUUGAGUAAACACCGGCCAACG